AUGCAGUUCUUCACCACUCUCAUCGUCCUCGCGGUUGCCCUCGUCGGCACCGCCUCUGCCAGGCCCUCGACUUCCACCGUGAACUCGCAGUGCAACACCGGUGCCCUGAAGUGCUGCAACAGCGUCCAGUCUACGGACACCGAGCACGUCAAGUCCAUCUUGGGUGCUCUCGGCAUCCUCGACCAAAUCGCCGAGGGCGACCAAGCCGGCCUGACGUGCACGCCGAUCAACACCGGGUCUGUUGGUGGCAACCCUAGCUGCGAGGCGGCGCCUGUCUGCUGUAACGGCAACAGCUACGGUGGUGUCAGCUUGGGCUGCGCACCGAUAAACACUGAGCUCUAA